AUGCUCGUUCAGAUGCUUUAUGGCGUUUGGACUAACAGUCUCGGUCUCAUCUCGGACGCUAUUCACAUGGCUUUCGACUGUAUGGCCAUUGGAGUUGGUCUCCUUGCGUCCGUGAUGGCAACUUGGGAACCCAAUGAACGGUUUACAUAUGGGUAUGGCCGCAUUGAAACCCUUUCCGGCUUUGCAAACGGUAUAUUCUUGAUCUUGAUCUCUAUAUUCAUCGUGUUCGAGGCAAUCCAAAGAAUUAUCGACCCUCCGGAGAUGAAUACCAACCAACUCCUUCUUGUUAGUUCUGUCGGUCUGGCGGUCAACUUGUUUGGGAUGUUUGCCAUGGGUGGACACCACCAUGGCGGUGGUGGGCAUUCGCACUCACAUGGUCAUUCUCACUCGUUCAACUUUAGUCUGUUUGGAGGCUCAUCGGACGACCACGGACACUCCCAUGACCACGGUGGGCACUCACACUCCGAGAAGGGGAAUCACGGACACGACGGACACGGCGGACAUGGACAUUCUCAUUCUGCUGCAAGAGAGCACCGCGGUCAUUCUCACUCUGCACACGAGCAUUCUCAUAGUCACUCGCACUCUUCAGUAUGCGAUAGCUCCCAGACCAAGCCCUCUGACCACUCGCAUUCGCAUUCCCCAUCUAAUGUCCACCCGCAUUCGCCGGAACACUCCCAUUCUCAUUCUCAUCAAGGACAUGACCACGGUUCCGACAGCUGCCAAACACCAGGUCACGAUCACGGGGGGCACUCACACUCACAUUCGACUACCCAAUGCGAGUCGGACUCUAAACAGCAGUCGCACUCACAUUCGCAUUCACCUCCGCCCGAUCUAUCUGCAACAAACCCUAUCGGACACUCGCGAUCACUGUCGAACACUGGUGGUGGUGAGAGAUCCACCAUUGGUACACUCGCAUCGCGGAGGCAUUCUCGUGCCGGGUCCUUGAACAUCCAAACACAGUUUGGUGAUACGGGAGCGAAUACCGGUGGUGAGCUCCCUAAUACCACUAUAUCGACUAGUUCGGGCAAACAUCAUCACCCUGGGCCAUCGGUGAUAGUCGAAACGCCUCUAGAACCGACCUUCUCGUUCACCCAUGACGAACACAAUGAGCAUCAUCAUGGGGUGCACACGCCGAAUGUAAACCAUACAUCGGACCAUUCGCAUGGACAUGGAGGACAUGCCCAUGGACAUAGUCAUAAUAUGAGAGGCGUGUUUUUGCAUGUUAUGGCUGACACCCUCGGCUCCGUAGGUGUGAUCAUCUCCACCCUCCUCAUCCAAUGGUACGGUUGGACCGGCUUCGACCCUAUUGCCUCCCUCUUCAUCGCCAUCUUGAUCGCGGCGAGUGUGUUCCCGUUGGUCAUUGACACGGGCAAGAUCUUGGCGCUGGACGUGGCGGAUAAGGAUGUGGUUAUUCUGGAUGCUUUGAAGGAAACGCAUCGACGAUUGUCGGGUCUAUACACAUCCAGCUAG